AGUACAGUCGAGAACAAGGGGGAGGAGCUUCGAGUACAUAAACAAGUCUAGACUGUACACAGAGAGAGCAACUUCGACACAAUUUAUACAAACAAAAGGCAUUUACACAAACAGAAACAACUUUUUGACAGCUAUUAAGAUCACACAAUCUGAAAUGUUUGCUAAACUCAUCGCACAAUUUGUGGGCAGCGCAGAAAAGGACAGUGAUGUUGCAGUGGAGACUGAUGACUGUGCAAACCUCUUAGAGUUUGAAGAUGGCGACUGGGUUAUUAUAAAGAUAAAUGAGAACCAGUCACUUGGCUCAGCUGAGGCAAACAUUCUUGAGAACCUGUUGAUCGAGCACCCCAGCAUAUCUGUAUACCAGAUACCUGAGGAAGACCUCGCUUCUGAUGAAGUGGAGGACAUGGCGAGGCCUGUGCCACUCAGACGUCAUGUUUCUUGGCGGUUAGCUGCAUGGGGCAGCCCCUUGCCCUGCAGCACCAUUCUGCUCUCAGUGCAGCGUGCCAGAGUCUAUAAUGAGCACAGGAAAAUGAACCGUGGCGCCCUCAACAGGAAAAACCUUAUACAAACUCGAUUUUCCCCUUCCGAUCGCCGCUUUGGCUACUUCAAACAGCCCACACAGCGCCUGUACAACUACUGAGAUUUAGUCAAAUAUAUAUGUAUUUACAUCUGAUACCACUGAACAUACAGGCUUUUGCUGUAUGAAUUGUCUUUUGUUUUAUGGGGCACAUUUGCAUAUCAUGCCAUGAAACCAUAUCCCUGUGAGACUGUUACUGUUCAAAGUUUAAAUGCAGUGUGGUGCUAUUUAACCAAUAACAUAAAAAAAUUCUCACUGUCAGUCUGACACUGAAAUAACUGAAAACUGUGUGUUGGAAAAAUACAGUAUGUUGAUACAAAACAUGGACUUAAAAUAUAGGCACAUGCAUUAGUGGUCCUUUAGUAUUUUAUUUAGUCCUUUUCUAUUUUGAAAUGAAACAAUGUAAUACAGUUUUUGUGCUUCUGAUUUAGUUUAGCUGUGACUGUUGCAAGAAUAAUGCUUAAAUAAAUGUAAAAGAAAAUGCUAAAAAAAUAAAUAAAUCAGUGUUAAAGCUAGGCAAUGUAAUUUUUACAUUAGCUGCUUAAUAUUACUGACAUGAAAAAGCUAUAUGUUGGAAUAAGUGAUUUACUUCCAAAGUGACAAAAUAUGAUUAUGUUAUGCUGUGAUACAUUUUGUUACACUUAUUGUUAUUAUUUGACUUUGUAUGUAUAUAAAUGCUAUUUUUUGUGUUGUUUAUUUUCUAUCUUCAGGAAUGCAUUUGUUAAAAUCUUGUAAAACACAAUAAAUAGAGAAUUU